AUGCCUCGAGCCUACCCGGGGCGGUACGCGGAGGCAGUGGUGGAGGGGUCGACGUCCAGCUGGCCGUGGCAGAGAUGGCGUGACGUGGCUCGAAUCCAAGCGCCCCAAAUUCCCCACCAGCAAGCCCUUGGCCCGCCCUUCGAUCCCUCUCACCCCCUCGCGCGUCUCCCCACCAUCCGCCCCACAUUCCUCUCUCCUUUCUUCCUCCACGCCUCCUCCUCCUCUCCGUACCCACCCCGCACCACCGCCGCCGUCUCUCCGUGGCUCCCUCCACACAUCACAGCACGGGGCGCGGCGUGGGGGGCAGCCGCGGGGGCGGCGGCGGCGGGGGUGUCGUCAGAAGCGGCGCUGGUGCUGGUGUCCCUCGCGCUGCUGCUCUCCCUCUGGAACAGACAACUGCGCCGCUCCACCUCAGGGUCGUGUCAGCAGUACAGCCUGGACGAGGUGCAGCGGGCAACGGACUACUUUGCGGAGGAGAACAAGAUCGGCACGGGCGGGUUCGCGCACGUGUACCGCGGCACCUCGCCCUUCAACCCCGACUCGCUCUGGGCCGUCAAGCGCUGCACCGUGCCCACCGAACACUUCGGCCGCGUGGUGCGGGAGAUGUCGAACAAGAUCCAUCCGAACCUGGUGCGGCUGAUAGGGUGCUGCAACGACUUCAACGAGGGCGAGGGCAGGCACGAGCAGAUCGUCAUCUGCGAGCUCAUGCCUGGCGGCAGCAUCCACAGCCGCUUCAGCCGAGAUUCGCGUGACCCACUGACCCUGCAGCAGCGGCUGGACAUUUUGAUAGGAGUGGCGCGUGGCCUGGAAUUUCUGCACAGCUUUGGCAUCGUGCAUCGCGACAUCAAGCCCGCCAACAUCCUGCUGGACAGCAACAUGCAGGUGAGUCCCACCCACUGCGUUUUCUCUCUUCUCCAUCCUCCCAUUCCUCAUCCCACCCCUCUUCUCCACGCGCAUCACCCAGAUCAUGCCAUGUGCCCCUUCAGCCUUCUCUCCCAGCUGCAAUCUCUCAAGGCGAAGAUAUCAGCGUUUGGGGCGGUGCGCAUGGGGUAUGACGAGCACAUGGUGCAGUCCAUGGGCACGCAUGGCUACAUCGACCCCGCUUCCCGCGCCAACAGGAACGCUCGCCCCAGCGCCGACGUGUACAGUUUUGGAGUGGUGAUGCUGGAGAUGCUCACAGGGCGCAAGGCAGUGGAGUGGGACGGCAAUGCCGACAGCAGCUUCAAGGGAUGGGUGGUGCAGUGUCUGUACGACCGCAACGUGGCGUUGAUCGGCGAUCCGCAUCUCAAGGCGCCAGACAGUGUGGUGGUGCGCAUGGCGGACCUCGCCCUGCCGUGCCUCGCCAUGCCCCCUGACAGCCGCCCCUCCAUGGCGCGUGUGAUUCACGACCUGGAGGCCGUGAAGCUCUUCAUUGCCUCGCAGUGGCCUGACCUCGUGCACUGCUCGCCUGAUGCUGCCCGCUCUGCGGAUGGGGCCAGUGGGGAACUCAGCUCUGGUGAAGCCGCAAAGCUGUCGGAUUUCGGGCUGCACCACCUUCACUCUUCCCUGUACAUGCCGUCUCUCUGUACAUGUGCUUGUGCUGCCACGAAUCUCUUCUUUCUGCCUCAUUUCUCCUCCCCAUACCUGUCCCACUUCCUCUCCGACCUCUUUCCCUCCUCGCGGCCCCGUCCUCCUGCUCAUGCUGCUGCACGGCACGUGGUGGUGGGCAGUUCCGGGGCAUAUUUUGGCAUAGUGAUGCUGGAGCUCCUAACAGGCCACAGGGUGGUGUUCAUCCUGGAUGGCGGCGGGCCCAUGAACAUCAAGGAGUGGGUGGAGCAGCGCAUAGCAUCCGGCGACAUCAGCGCAAUAGGCGACCCCUUCAUGCGCGCCCCCGACUCCCUCGUACUCCGCAUGGCCCGCCUGGCUCUCCGCUGCACGGCUGCACUCACCGCGGCGAGGCCGACAAUGGGAGAAGCUGCGACAGAGCUGGAGAUUCUCAAGAAGGAGUUUUUUGGGCUGGAGAGCGGGCGCAUGGCGCAGCGGGUGGACGAGCAGAUGCAGUCGCUAAGGUUGACGCACAGGGACUUGAGGGAGGAGCUGCAGAUGAUUGCGGGGAUCGAGUCGAAUGCGAGUUCGGCGACGGGGAGGCGGCUGUCGGGGGGCCGGGUGGACGAGCAGAUGCAGUCGCUAAGGUUGACGCACAGGGACUUGAGGGAGGAGCUGCAGAUGAUUGCGGGGAUUGAGUCGAGUGCAAGCUCGGCUACUGGGAGGCGGCUGUCGGGCGGGAUAAGGCGCGAGGAGGAGGAGGCCGUGUGGGGGAGGACUGAGGCACUAGUGGAGACGCCUGCCUGUCGCCCUCAGGACGGUUGGAGGGGGAAUGGGGCGAAAUACCAUGCAGGGCGGAACAGCCGUGCCACCGUGCACAGCGCGGUGUGUGUGAGCAACAGCGGGCGGCCAGCAGCGAGCGCGCUACACGACCUGGUGGCUGCUGCAGCUGACGCCUUCCUCGCAGGCCACUCGCUGCAGCGCCUGCAGCUGCAACUGCAGUACGGGGGAGCGGAGGGGGAGGAGUUCAGGAUGAGCGAGGCGGGGUACAGGCUCACGUCGUCAGAGCAGCUCUACCGCACUCAGUGGAUCAAAACGGUGUACCUGACCAUGUACCGCCUGCACCUGCAGCAGCCUGGCUCCUCCUUCAUAAGCAUGCCCACCAGCAGCAGCUCAGGCGAGGAGCCGUGGCUGGGGAGCAUAGUGGAUCGGGUGCUAGAGGGGCAGAGGACGGGCGAGGAGCAGAGCCUAGUGCACUUCGACCGUGCUCUCGCCACAGCGGGGGCGUCUGGGGGCGUAGCGGCAGAGCGGCGUGUGAUUGCCCCGCAGUGGCUGCCCAUCAGCCAGCUGGUGCUGCUCACGUGUAAAGUCGCCAAUGAGAGGCGCGGACCGGUGUGA